GUUUUGACACGUCCAAGGAUCUCAGUCGAGUGCUUUCACUGUUCCGGGGUUAAUAUACAGCCCUUCAUUGAUCUCAUUCCUCAUCCCUAAAUACUCGAAAGGAAACGUAUUUGAUUCUGAAUCAAUUGCUCAAGAAUGCAUUUUCAAGAAAACAUCUCUCCUUCGUCGGACGCUAGAGAUCUGGAAGAGAAACUUAGCCAUGUCCAGAUUGGCAGGACUUCACUUCCAGACCCAUCGAACGGAAAACGAGUCUUGAAAGAGACGCAGAACCUGGCCCACAACGGUGAAAAGUCACCGAAAGGAUCUCACCAGGGUCAGACCAGGGUGAAGUCAAGUCACAAAGGUAUUGUUGCCAGUCAUAUAGAAGAUGAGCCUCUCCUACGAGAGAAUCCCAAUCGCUUUGUCAUCUUCCCCAUUCAGUAUCAUGACAUCUGGAAGAUGUACAAGAAGGCUGAAGCUUCUUUCUGGACUGCUGAAGAGGUUGAUCUCUCCAAGGACAUGAAUGAUUGGGAGAAAUUAAAGCCCCAGGAACAGCAUUUCAUCUCGCAUGUACUUGCAUUCUUUGCUGCUUCAGACGGUAUUGUCAACGAGAACCUAGUUGAGCGAUUCAGUCAGGAGGUUCAGGUGACGGAGGCCAGAUGCUUCUAUGGAUUCCAGAUUGCUAUGGAAAAUGUUCAUUCUGAGAUGUACAGCCUUCUCAUCGAUACAUACGUCAAGGACCCCCAAGAGAGGCAUAAGCUGUUCAAUGCAAUCGAGACCAUGCCGUGUGUGAAAAGGAAGGCUGACUGGGCAUUUGACUGGAUCAACCAUGAGACUGCAACUUAUGGAGAGCGAGUGGUUGCAUUUGCAGCCAUUGAAGGCAUCUUCUUUUCGGGCAGCUUCGCUUCCAUAUUCUGGCUCAAGAAACGAGGACUUAUGCCUGGUCUUACCUUCAGCAAUGAGCUUAUCUCCCGCGAUGAGGGUCUGCACUGUGACUUUGCUUGCCUCAUGUUUAAACAUCUGGUGCACAAGCCAACUGAGGAGCGUAUCCGCUAUAUCAUUGCUGAUGCAGUAGCCAUAGAGCAGGAGUUUCUUACGGAGGCUCUCCCUGUCGCCAUGAUUGGCAUGAAUUGCAGUCUCAUGAGGACUUACAUUGAAUUCGUGGCUGACCGACUACUUCUUGAGCUGGGCUGCUCCAAGGCAAGUGGCUAUCUGUGUCUGAUGUACAACUCUGAGAACCCAUUUGAUUUCAUGGAGCAUAUUAGCCUGGAGGGAAAGACCAACUUCUUUGAGAAGCGAGUAGGAGAAUACCAGAAGUGUGGGGUGAUGGCUGAUAAGGAGUCUCACACGUUCACCCUUGAUGCCCAUUUCUAGAAAGACUCCUCAAGCCUUGUGACAAUGCCUUGCGUUUUAUUUUCCAUGAUUCAUUUUGUACAUCAUUAACUUGUCGCAAUUUUUUACUGUAUGGUACAUGUGAAUGAAGUUCAGAC